AUGGUUCAGGCCAUAUUGAAGAAUUCCAAGCAAUCUGUGUCACCCUUGCAGGCGGCACUCAAGCGAACCUGGCUUGAAUUUUGCGACUCAAGUAGUAUACACGGCCUGAAAUAUACGCAGGAUAGAGACACAAAUAAAUUUGUGCGCUCCAUCUGGAUGGUCAUCACUUUAAUAAUGUUUAUUUGUGCCAUCUUAAUGGUGAUCAACAUUUAUUUAGACUAUCGCAGUAAUCCGACUCGGUUGAAUAUUGAAAAGAAUCAUGCACCAAUUGAGAGUCUAACAUUUCCGGCUGUGACCAUUUGCCCGGAGACAACUUUUAAUGUAGAACAAUCGAAGAAGUAUUUGGGAGAACUCACACUUCCGGCUGGUAUUAAUGUCACUCAAAUCAUACCGAUGUUAAGCACAUCUCAAGGCUUCUUAAACGACGAUGAUGUCUACAAUGAAACGCAUGUUCUAUUACUACAGAGCAUCCAGGAUCUGAACAACUUAAGCACUUUGAGCUUCAUGAAACACUUGCACUGGAAUUGUGAAGACAUCAUAUUUCGCUGCCGCUUCAAGUGGCAAACUAUGGACUGUAAGCAGCUCUUACAGCUCUCGCGCACCUUCUUUGGCUACUGCUGUUCGUUCAAUCUCAAUCAGAACGGAUUGAAUUACACUGCGCAGCAUGCUCGUGCCGGCCUCUUCAAUGGUCUCUCGCUGAUACUUCAAUACAAUGACACCGAUUAUGGUGAGAUGGCAACCUAUUCGGAUGGCUUCAAAGUGUUAAUCUCCGAGAAUGACGCAUUUCCGAGUGCGCACUCUAUCAUCAAGUUUGUACCCUUGCACCAGGAGACUUUUUUUUCCGUACGCCCAAUCGAGACGUACUGUUCGCGCGAUGUUAAAGAACUCUCCGUGGACCAGCGACAAUGCGUAUUGCCGCAUGAGUUUCCGCUGAAACAUUUUGAACAAUAUGUUGGUAUGAAUUGUGAGCUGGAAUGCCGCGUUCAGAAUAUGCUGGCGAUCUGCGGUUGCGUCACAUAUUUUUUCUAUGUAAACGACACGGCAGAGCGGGUUUGUUCGUUCAGGGAUGUACCAUGUUUACGGGAUAAUUUUGCCGCUAUUAUUGGACGUUCUCUCAAUAUGCAGUUCUAUUGCCCAAACACCUGCGAAAUAAUCGACUUCAAUGUAGAACUGACCAAUGCCGAGUUGAACAUUGAUAUACCGACGGUGGAUGAUUUUUAUAACAAUAUCCAGGCGAAUCAUACUGUAGUACAUAUUUUUAUGAAUAAUCAAGUAUAUCGGCGCGCAAGACGUGAUCUGCUCUCAAAUAUGGUGACAUUAGUUUCCAACUUGGGCAGCGCUUUUAGUCUCUUCGUUGGCGUUAGUAUGAUCUCUAUAGUGGAGGUAAUCUACUAUCUAACGGUUGUGUUGAGAAAGCAUUAUGUGGAGGAGUUAGAAAUGCGUGAAAAGCUACGAAAAAUUCCCAUAAACUGGUACAAUAAAAUGGAGAAAAUUGAUAAAGCAAGAAAAUAACUCAAAGUAGAUUGAGUAAUAACGAAAGGCAAGAAAAUAUAUAAAAAUUAAAAAUAAAAGUUAUAUUGUUAAAACUAUUAAAAAUAUU